CUGAAAGCUGGAUAAGGGCAACUGAACAAGGUUCACACUUGCGGUUUACUGACCUUGUGAAGUAAUUUCUCAGUGUAUCGCAAACAAAUAAGAAUGGCGUCGCCUCCUUUCCCGCCUCUCCCCACUUUACCAAAACCUAUGGUCAAUUCAGGAUUCCGAAUUUCUAAAGAACAGCUGACCACCAUCGUUCCUGUUGCAGUGGCAGCGGUGUUGGGUACCUACCUGGUGAGCAGGUACUUUAGCAAGGGGCCCUGCGGCUCCAAGGGACUGGUCAACAAGACCGUCAGCAAAGACAGCAAGGUGGUGGUGCACAGCUUCGAUAUCGAGGACAUUGGCGCCAAAGCAGUCUACUGUCGCUGCUGGAGGUCUAAGAAGUUCCCCUAUUGCGAUGGUGCACACGCAAAACACAACGAGGAGACUGGCGACAAUGUGGGACCUCUGAUCAUCAAGAGGAGAGACGCUUAAAUCAACAAUACUCAAGCCCUGUGUGUACGUCUGAGCUGUACUCUGUGCGUACAUUUCUGUGUGCACAUGAUCAAAUGUGUGUGUUUGACCCAGUGACGAGCUGCUGUUGUUCUAGUGUACUGAAUUCUGACUAUCUUGUAAAUUUGCUAAAUAAUAUACACCUGAGAUUCCACAGUGCCACCUCAAAAUGAGAUUAUGACUUUGUAAGGAGUGAGAUAAUGGGAAUAUCGCAAAGUGAACAGUAACAUUAUACGCAUAAAACACACACACACACACACACACACACACACACACACACACACAUUAAAUGACACCCAGCGCCACAACCGAUUUUGUAUAUAUGCACCAGACAGAGUCACAGCAUACAGCACACCAAAACAAACCACUAGCACUUCUGAAGAUGCCUGUCAUUAUAUCAUCAAUACAAUCAGGACUAGUUCUACCAAAGACUCAUAGUUACAUAGUCAUAGACAUACAAUACUUCUUGUCACUCUCUAACAUGCAAAUACACACACUUUAAAAUUCUCAUCCCAUGGACUCCAUUGGGAUCUUACAAUGACUUAUAGGGCAUUUUGCUGGGGGACAGGGGCUAGAGCUUUCUCAAAGCCAGAAACGCACAACAAUUCUACGCACAUCUUUAUCACUGCAAGAUCAAGUCACCUGUUGGUGUUUUUUUUUCUCAGUGUGGUUAUCAUUACGGUCUCCUAACCAGUAGUGAAACACUUGGAAUAAACCCUUUUUCUGCAGUCA